UAACAAGAAGACAAUGACGGAACCAUUCCCGGAGGGCAUUGAGUCAGCGGAGAUGCAAGGAUGGCAGGCAAAUGUUUGGUCAUCAGAUAUUAAAUGUGUCAUGAUUUGAUUAUUAUUGUACUUCUGCAUUACUCUGAAAAUAUUUUUAAAUGGGUCGCGAUCCAGAGUCUGUAAAUUUAAUAUUUAUAAGAAAUUAUCAUUUGCAAAUGUCAAGCGAAAUUUUUAUUUAACUCUUGUUUCACCUUAAUUCGUGUAAUUCCGGGUUAUACGGAUUGGGGUUUUACAGGAUUAAGCGAAGGACACUCCACCGUUAGACCUCCAUUCCUCGAUGGAACAAACUACACCUAUUGGAAGGAACGAAUGAGGAUUUACAUUCGGUCAAUCAGCUUCCAACUGUGGUUAAUCAUCAAAAAUGGUGAGACGACGCCAAUGAAAAAGGUUGGUGAAACCACCAUCCCAAAGAAGGAGGAAAAAUAUGAUGCUAAAGACAUCAAGAAGGUAAAAGCUUUUGAAAAAGCUAAACACAUGAUUUUUUGUGCAAUUAACCCGGAUGACUACCGGAGAAUUUCUUCUUGCUCCACCGCAAAAGAAAUGUGGGAUAAGCUUGAAGUGACAUACGAAGCCUCAUCCUCAAAAAGGGUAGAGGUAAGUGACUCCGAUAGCGAUGACGAUAAUCCUUCUUCUAACUUGCUCGAGAAGUUCCAAGAGUGUUUGAAGGAAGAACUUAGGUCCCGAGAUUGUAAAAGAAAGGGGGAACCCGUUCCAACGUGCUUUGGUUGUGGAGAACUUGGCCACAUAAAGCCAUAUUGCCCAAACCGCAAGGAAAAGAAGAAGAAGGAACGAGCAUACAUGGCAUGGGAUGCGGAAAGUUCCGGUGAUGAAACCGCCACCUUAUGUCUUAUGGCUCAUGAACGAAAUGGAGAGUCGGGUUUCAGCGCCGGUCGGCUAGGCCAUGGUUUUGGACUAGCCAUCUACCUAGCGAUGGUAGAUAUCACCCAUCCAUGGGUAAGUGAUCCCGGGAUUCCAGAACUAUGCCACGCAACGAUGGGAGAUAUUACCCAUCCAUGGGUAAGUGAUCCGGGAUUCCAGAACCAUGCCACCCAGCGAUGGGAGAUAUUACCCAUCCAUGGGGACCACCAAUUGGUAUCGGAGCAGACUUCUCACGGUUUGCCCAAGUUUUCUCUUCUAGGUUAUGAUGAUUCGAAGAUCAUGAUAGAAGCACAUCUCUACGCUCUACAUGAUUGCAUGUGGAUGGUGCUUGAGGAUGGACCCUUGAAAAUCCAAAUGGAGAACCCUGAGAGGAAUCCAGCUGCUCUAGAUGUAGUCCAAUACAUUCCAAAGCCCAAGGAAAAAUGGGAUGAUAGAGAUUGCAAAAUGCACAAUCUGGACAACGUCGCCAAAGCAGCCAUCUUCAAGACACUUGAUCCCAUCACCUUCUCCAAGAUUAAGCAUCUCAAGACUGCCAUGGAGAUUUGGCAAGGUCUUGGGAAGCUAUGUGAGGGAUCAGAGGACCUGAGAAAGCAGAAGAUAGAAGUCCUGCUUGAGAAGUUCAAAAGCUUCAAAAUGCUUCCCGAAGAAUCAUUUGAUAUGUUGGAUGAAAGAUUCCACAAGAUAUUGAAUGAUCUUGCUUCACUUAACCACAUUCUUUCUCCCAAAGAAAAGAAUGUAAGGUUGCUGAGAUCACUUCCAACUGAGUGGUACACCAAAGCCACAGCCAUGGAAGAAGGAAGAAACCUGGAGAACUACACUGUUCAAGGUCUCCUUGAUGAACUCAGAGCCUAUGAGCACGAGCUGAAAAAGAAGAAGGAAGAACAAGUCACUCCCUUCCCCACGACAUUGAUGACAACUCCAAGAAUCCCAUCAAGUGAAGGGACAUGCACAAGAAACUGUGACACACCUUCCUCCAGCCAGCCGCCAAGCUCAAAAAUGGAGAACUUCGAUGAGGAAUUUGCCAUGAUGGUCAAGCAAUUCCGGAAGUUCAAGAAGUUCUUCAAGAAGGCUGAUUCAGUCAGAAGGCCAUCCAAGGGGAAGCCACACGUGGAGAAGUACGGAGAAAGAGAAAGGAACGAGAAGAAAAAGAAAGCAAUGUUUGCUGCUGAAAGUGACGAGUCAUCCAGCUCAAGCUCGGAUGAAGAAGCCCUCGUCUGCAUGGAGCGCAGAGUUGAGAAGUCCAACCAUGAGGAUAGGUGGACUAUGUCAGAAGAUGACACUCUCUGUCUAAUGGCCAAAGAUGAUGCUGAUCAAGAGCAUGAUCAUGAGGUUCUGGAUCUAUCUGACAAGGAUGAAGAAGUCAAUGAAGGAGAUAGAAUGAAGCCUACGGAGUUCAUUCCAUUCAGAAGUCUACCACUGAAGACUUCACAGAGAAAUCCGAAUUCAAAUAGUGCUGAGCCUACCGGAAAUCUUGGCCAGCCUUCCAAUAUUCCGGAUCACUCAAACGGCGACAAUUCCGGAAAUGGCGAUCCAGUGCCAAUCCAUCCGGAAACACCAACAACUUCUGUUCUCCAACCAGAAGCUGAACUAGAUCAACCAGUCAAUCCUAAUCAGCACAAUCUUCGUUGGUUAAGGGAUCAUCCUCCCCAACAAAGAAGUUCUGCAGAAGCUAAGAAGGAAACUCAAAUGGCAGAACUGGAGGCCUCCAAAUCUCCAGUAGCCAUUUUUGAAGAACAGAAUGAAGCUGAAGAAAGAGACUCCCUCUCUAGGGAUAUAUCAAAUUUUACACUUAGGGAAGCAGAAGAAGAAUCUGAAAGGACUCUGAAGAUCAAUGAUGAAGUAGAUGUACAAGAUGAUGUUGAAACUCUUCCUAUGCAACUCUUCCAAAGAACACCCUCUACUCAUCAGGUAACCAACUUCCAUUUCCAUAGCUCUUCCAUUCCUACUCUUCCGGAUGAGGUACCGGAAAUCUGGACAAAGAAGGUCCAAGGGCUGAUUGAAUCAGCCCUAGCAUCUCAACAUGCCUCCUUGAGGCAAGAGAUAGAGCAGAUGGAAGCCAGGCACAACAAACUGAUUGAGAAAUUCGAAGAGACACAAUGCUCCAAUCUCAAGGAGAUAAGCAAAUCAGUGGAUAAAACUCUAGAGAUCUUAUCUCUAUUGAGUAACACUGUGAGCAACACGAUGGAGACAUAUGCAUCUGACAGUUAUCUUCAACUCAAGGAGGUUAACAAAAUCAGAGAGCAAAUAGAAAAUGUCACAGUCAGUCUACAAAAACAAAUGUCCAUUCUCCAAAUGGACAUCAGAGCAGCUCUGGCAGUGUCUUCAGCAAAUCAAGUAGUAACCAAAGACUACUUGAAGCCACUCUUUUGCUCAACUAGCCACCACAAUUUUCCACUAAAGUCAAGAUUUCCUAUAUAAUACUCCACCUCCACCACCAUCAUCAUCAUUAUACAUCUUCACCAUCAUCAUCCAUCAUCUCCUUCAUCCAUUCCUCCCUCUCCAUUUUCUCUCUCUGUCGGCCAAACAAAAGGAAAAGAAAAGAAAGCUUAAACUCCAUAGUUGGUUCAAGGAAGAAGAAGAGGAAGCAACAAACCAUCUAAAGUUCUAAAAUCCCGAGUUCAAACACAGCAGCCCACUUCUAGGAACAUCCGGAAGGUAUCAUAGAGAAGGUUCGGCAUUGGAAUGUUGAAGUUAGUGAGUUAAUCGUCGGAAUCGUGUUCAUCG